GUCGCUGUGCGGAUGGUCAGCAUUCAGUUCCAGUCAGUUGGGUACAACACUUUCAGGAGUCGAGUUCCAAGGAUUAGGAUCAUAAUCAUGUUGAAGUUACUGGUAGUACUUUGCGCUUUAGUCGUUCUCGGUAGUGCAUAUCCCGCGGAGAAUUUGAGUCAAUCAGUUGAGGGUAGAGUCCCAGGCCCGGUAGAUGAUUUAGAAGCUGGGCAAGGUAGCUCCGCUUCAGUCGCUGACGAACCGGUGAAGGAAGAUUUGGAAAGAUCGGAAACUUUCGGAUUCGGCUACAAACAUUACUAUCCCCGUUACUACGGAUACAGCAGUUACUAUCACUAUCCACGUUACUAUUAUUCCCACUAUCCGCGAUACUAUUACUGGUGAAAAUAAAGUGCAUUGAACUAUUUACCAAAUUUCGGCUAAGUGCAACAAAACUAUUUGUACAAAUAAAGAACUGAUCAAACAACUUA